AUGUCAUAAAGGCCUAAGUGAUGUCCUGGAUUUAAAAACUUAACAUGACAUCACCGGCCAUUGCCGUUGGUGCCUAUAAGAAGGGAGGGUCGGCAGCAAAGGCCAUCAAACUAUUCUGCAUCAGGAAGUGAGUGGUCUGGCGCCGGCCCAAAAAAAAAAAAGAAGAAGAGCUUCGAUCGGAAGGCAUUGCAAAGAAAGAGGUAAUGGUGAUGGAGAAGGAAGACACCAGAAAGGGCCCCUGGACCGAGCAGGAAGACAUCCAACUGGUAUGGUUUGUGGGCUUGUUCGGUGAACGUCGUUGGGAUUUUUUAGCAAAGGUGUCAGGUCUCAAUAGAACAGGAAAGAGCUGCAGGCUGCGUUGGGUUAACUACCUUCACCCCGGUCUCAAACGCGGCCGCAUGACUCCCCAGGAAGAACACCUUGUGCUCGAGCUCCAUGCCAAAUGGGGCAAUAGGUUUGUUUGCAGGUGGUCUCGUAUUGCUCGGAGGCUGCCUGGCCGCACCGAUAACGAGAUUAAGAACUACUGGAGGACCCACAUGAGAAAGAAAGCGCAGGAGCGGAAGAGAAGCGCAUCCUCUCCAUCGCCUUCAUCGUCGUCGAGCAAUCUCUCCUCCUCUAUCAGCGAUCCCCCAUUAGAAGUUGGGGUGGAGAAGCACGAGGGGGACGGUGCUCGUGUAGAGGGUACCUCCUCUUUGAUGACGGGGUUGGAGGAGGACGGCGAAGGUGUGCCGAAGAGUUACCCCAUGGAGCAGAUUUGGAAUGACAUCGCUACACCGGAGCUGGUCGGUGACUUGAGCUUCGAGGGAUACAAGGAUAUUGAAGCCGGCAAUUUUUCAUGCCCCGCCCCGGUAACCUCUCCUAUGUGGGACUACUCUUCUGACUCGCUUUGGAAGAUAGAUGACGAGGAAUACAAAAUGUUCGCUCCCAUAGCAGACGACACCAUCAGGGAGUCCUAGAACCACCAAGCUUACCUCUCUUUGUACCCUGGUCCGUAGUAGCAGUAAAACCUUUAAUAGGAUCGUAUCAUCUAUCUCGAAAGAUUUUAGUAUAUAUGAUCAUGAAUAGAACCUGUUGUAUAUGACGUAUCAUCUCAUGUGCUGCUCCACAGCAGCAACUGCCAUGAUGGCACUGUAACAGUUUGUCUCCCUGCUGCUUGCUAUAUAAUAGGGUUCCCUUAUUCAA